AUGGAUUGUGAUUACAACCUCCUUACUUGGAAAAAGCCUUCUGAAAAUUUUUACAAGCUCAAUGUGGAUGGUUUUAGAUCUUCAACAUCUGGAAAGAUUGGUUUUCAAAUUAAUCUUGGUAUUGGUGUCAUUGUGGAUGCUGAAGUCUGGGGCAUCUAUUUUGGUUUAAAACUUGCUAGAAACUUAAACAUUAUGCAUCUGGAGAUUGAGUCUGAUUCUGCCAUUCUCAUUAAUCUUCUCCAACGUGUUGAUCUCUCUUGUCAUCCUCUUGGAUCUCUCAUUGUUGGCUGCCAUUUUCUCAGCUCCAACAUGGAAAACACCAAAUUUAGUCAUAUAUUCAGGAAAUGUAACAUGAUUACUGAUUCCCUCGCUAAGAUGAGUAUCAAUCAUGCUCCUGGUCUCAUUAUUCUGGAAGAGCCUCCUAUCCAUGCUGUUUCUGCUUACCUUGAUGACUUGAAUGGUGUUGUUAGAGGUUGGAAAACUGGGGAUCUAGUUGCUUCUUAG